GUUGUUUCGUCAGCAGUCUGUGUCGCGAUGGGAGCCUUGUUGCAUUACUUGAUCCUGACUGUUUUCUUGUGGAUGAGCACAAUCGCCUAUAGUACGCAACGAACUUUUUCCAACCCAAAUGUGAGCCUUUCAAACCCUGGAGCCAUUGCCAGACACAGGAAAACCCACAUUCGAUACUGCAUAAUCUGUUGGGGAGUUCCUUUGGCUAUCGUGGGAAUUUGUGUAGCUCUACAGUUGACCAACACUGGAAAUAUCCGUUAUGCUACUGAAGAAGGAUGUCAGCUUUCACUUCCUGCCCGCACCUACGCUGUUGCAUUUCCUGUCUCAGGAAUGAUUUUUCUCAACAUCGUGUCUUUGAUCCGUACAGUUGUCUUCAUCAAGCAACUAGGGCAGGGCAACGUAGCGGCCUCUCGCCAAAGAAACCUUCCCCUGAUCGUGCUGAAAUUGACAGCUGUUAUGGGCAUCUCCUGGAUUCUAGGAUUUGUUAUGGCAUUCCAUCCAACACCUUACAUCGAAUAUCCAUUCGUCAUAGUCAACAGCUUUCAAGGUGUAUUCAUUUGCUUUUCGUUUAUGGUGAACAAACGUACCUUCACGAUGUACAGACAGCGAUUCACAAGGGAAACAUCUCCGUCUAUACCAGCGGAAGAUCCGGAAGAGCAUGCGUAAG